GCUCGCACAGACCUUCCUGCACCUGCCGCUCGGACGUCGCACUAUUUCACUGACGAGCCAUCAUCGCCACGCCAUCAACCUAGUUCGCCUCGUCUUGGAACUGCUGUCAAUAAUGGUGAUGUGACGCGUCUACUUAGGUUCGCCGUGCUGCCUAGUACUCACUUUCGCCCAUAGACGUCAUCAGACGAACUACUAUCGCUCUGUGGAACCGUGUAGGCCGUAUUCGAUGCUCUCCCGUGCGUUUAGACGAGUCUUGCGCCAUAUACACCGGUCUGGGCGGACUUCUUCGUUAUUCUCUCUGCAGCAGUUAGAGCAGCAAGCACCCGUUUAGCGCUAGUGCUCGGCCUUGCUCUUGAUAGUAAUCGUCCUUUCGAGCUGAGCGGUUCUUUGUCACCCACCUUGCUUCCCCUCAACGAAACUGAAGAAAUUUGUUAACUUUUAGUCGUCCGACUGAAGAAAUGUCGCGAAUCUCGGUCCUUAGAUUAGUCGUCGGGCUCCUGCUUUUAGCAGUGGUAUUCGAAUCGGCUCCUGCGUUGGUAUCUGGGGCGAAAUCCAAGCUACACCCGUCGCAAGCGGCGGUGCUGGCUGUACUGGGCAAGGGGUGGGGCCGCACUUUCACCAACUGCUCUCAAGCCAGCGGGCUGAUCUGCGGCGGCAAUGGCAUGGUCAUUCAGAUGUCGCUCAACAACUCUCAACUCGUUGGGACCAUUCCAUCAGUCAUUGGCAAUCUCUCUCUCCUCCAACACCUCAAUCUAGGCGUCAAUCAGCUCACAGGGCCCAUUCCAGAGUCUAUAGGGAAUCUCACCAACCUCUCCUACCUAGGCCUCUUCAACAACCAGCUCACUGGCCCUAUGCCUCCAUCCCUUGCUGGCCUCUCCAAACUGCAAACCUUAACGCUCUCUGACAACCGUCUCAACGGCUCCCUGCCUGAUGCCCUCGGCAAGCUCACUGCACUCCUCCGACUAAAUCUGGACAACAAUUCACUCUCGGGCUCCCUUCCCGCAGCAAUCUCUGCUCUGUCCCUCCUCACUUACCUGAGCAUCUCUGACAAUCUCCUCAACGGCACACUACCUGACAGCAUUGGCGCUCUUUCCGCGUGCCAGAAUCUUGGUCUGGCCAACAACACUCUCUCGGGUUCGCUUCCUGCGUCCAUUGGCAACCUCACAAACCUUGUCACACUGGGUCUGACCAACAACAGCCUCUCUGGUCGCAUUCCCGCCUCCAUCUCGUCCCUCGGGAAGCUCGAGAAGCUGAACUUGGGCUUUAAUCUCCUCUCUGGCGCCUUGUCAAAUGGCAUCAGGCGCAUGACUGCUUUGACCAGGAUUCGCCUGCAGAACACGUCUCUCUCAGGGACCCUCCCACCCGGCAUCGGGCUGCUAAGGCGACUCAAACAGAUCGAUCUGAGUCACACCGGCAUCACCAGCCCUCUCCCUGACUCCAUGGGCCAGCUGGACAAGCUCACAGAGCUCCUCAUGCAUGGGUGUCAGCUCAACGGCUCUCUGCCAGCGCUACUUGGCAACCUCACUGCCCUUCAGACGCUCGAUCUAGGCAGCAAUAGUUUGUCAGGGGAAAUAACCUCCUUUAUUAGCAACCUCACACGCAUUGAGACACUUGAUCUCUCCACCAAUCAGCUUGCAGGAAUUGUCCCCGACACCAUCAGCAGCAUCCAGCGGCUGCGGCAACUCAACCUCUCUUCCAACAGUCUCUCAGGCACCUUGCCUUCCGCCAUCUCCCUCCUUACCAACCUCACAUCCCUAGACCUGAGCUACAAUAAGCAACUCGGUGGCUCCAUUCCAUCUGCACUGGGACAGCUGAGCAACCUCACUGUGCUUGCCAUCAACGCCACCAGCAUCACCUGUCCCCUCCCCUCAACGCCGUGUGAGGUGCCUCAGUCUCCCACCUCUGCCUUCUGCCAGGCCUGCUCCAAUUUCUGCACCUCCUGCUCUUCAGCCAAUGACUCGUGCUCGUCCUUCGCCUCCAACCCAUGCACCGAGGAUGGCACGUGUGUGUCCCUCGGCGCUGCUAACAUCACCACUGCCAGCAGCAACUACACUUGUCUGUGUAACCCCGAUGCUGAUCUGGUUACCACAGCCAUUGGCACACUCACAUGCAUCAAAACUGAUCCCUGCACCAGCUACCCGUCCAACCCCUGCGGUGCCGGCGACUGCAUCCCCUCACCACCUGCUCCCGCUGCUGCUCCCAAGAAGGGCCGUCCCCCUCUCAAUACUCCCUACUCGUGCCGCUGCUCUGCUGGCGCCACUGCUGGGUUGGGGGCCAAUGGGCUGCCGACAUGUGUCUCUCCUCCCCCACCGUCUCAGGAGCCGUCAAAUGCAGUCGCAAUGUCCACAGGAGCUAUCAUCGGCAUCGCAGUGGCAGCGUUCGCUGUGCUUGUCUGCUGCAUCACCCUCGUCUUCCUCUGCUGGCGAUGGCGCAGCACCAGCCAGAGCAGACAACUGGCAAACCAAGGUUGGCAGGCAGAAGCCGAUCGAAGCUACCGUAAAGACGACUUCUUCUAAGAAACUCUUACGCACGACUGCUAUAAGGCGGUUCUGCUAUACGGCCCUACUGCCAUAAGGUGCUACUGCUAUAAGGCGCUAAUGCUAUAAGGAUGUCAUACAGAUAUUGUCGUGGCACAGCUGCUGUGUCGUACACGGUCGGUAGGUGUCCCACCAACCGGCUGGCUUGAUGCUCCCAACACCUUCAGGAGGAGACCGUCGGCCUACCAAGACUGUUUCCAAUUCGAGGGUGCUUGAGUCGAGGGUGUGUUAUGAAGUGCCCACGUCUACUGUACGCCUAGUGCGGUGCGUGGCGUUGGAAAGCGGUCUUUGAGCUGCACCGCUUUGGAUUGUGCAGCACCGCGGCAAACCGCAGAAUGGACAGGAAAUGCUCUCUUGGGGCAUGCCCUGAGAUUUUUCCUAAUUGGGCAUUAGAGUGGGGAAGGGGGAAAGGAAGGUUUCUAUUUGGCUGGUGAGGCUCUAGCUUUUGUGUGCCCCUCUAAAUGGCUCAUUCAAACACUUGGUUUGCGCUAGUACAAAGCAGAUAUCGCAUCUGCUUUCAUGGGCUGAAAUCAGGAUUUCUUUUUGUCUGGUUAAAUGCUGCGAUUUCUUUGGCUUGCACAGUACAUGUAGAAGAAAUAACAUGUUUAUUGCGUAGUGAUUUCCACAUGGCUCGUUCAACGACUACAUAAGGAUAGGUUACUGUAUAUUGAAGCUCAUUAUAG